AUGAGAAACAAGCCAUUUGUCAGGUAUGUUAUCCAUUUCUUUUUUAUUUGGUGUUUAGUGCUCAGAGAAGAUACGACAAUGCUCGUGUUAGAGAACACGAGAUAAGGCAGAGACUUUGUGAAGAAUGUGGCAAAGUAAUCAGUGGAGGAGAUUCUGUGUUUCAACAUCACGUUGUAUCUCAUGAAGCUGCUUUCAUCUGUUACCAACUAUAUCAUUUCGAAAAGGGAAGCAUUAUACCUAAACAGUAUUACGGACAUCAAGAAGCCAAACUUCAGAAGCCGACAGAGGACGAAAAGGCCCAUCAUUCAGAAUCUUCGGCUACACCAGAGAAACGGACCUUCAGGAAGACAAUAAUGUCACAGCAAGUCAAGGAGAAACAACCGCCGGCAAAGAAGCCGAAGCUUGCGAUAACUCCAAAAGCAGAAACUAAAGGUAUAUUUAUUUGUAUAUGUUUUAAAAUGCUUUACUUUUUCUAACAGUUAUCUUUCGUUUUAUAAAGCAUGCCCAACGUAUGCUGUCUUUAUGAAUCUUUUCUAAUAAAUUUUUUUUUUCUAGCACCACCAGAGCCAGCCUUUAUACAAGAAGACAUUGUGGAACUUCAGUUAAGUAGCGAAAGUGACAGUACGAAUACGACUGACGAUGAAGAGGAGAUCCCAGCAGACUUACUUCUGUUGUCUGGAUCUGAAUCAGAAGUCUCUGGAGUAGAUGAAGAGGAUGUCCAAGAAGAUUACAAGAUGUUGGCACAGGGGACAAGUAGCAGAGGUCGGCAGAGAAAACCAAAACCAAUAAAUUAA